GACCAGAGACACGUACUUACAUCGAACGAAUGGACUGAUGUGACGAUGGUCGAUCGCACAUCUUCGAAUCAUGCUUGCAUGCAGGUUCCAUCACCCACUCCCCUAGUCACAUUCAGAGACGCGUCGGAUCCACCUCCUCAUCGCGAGUUUUCUCGUCGGACAUGCCGAUCAUUUUGAGCUGCAGCAGCGCCACAACUGGUGUGUGGUCCGACAUGUCGAUCUCUGGGAACGACUGGUAGUCGCAGCCGCUCCACUGCAUGAAGGGUGAGAGGCUCCUCACAAACACGCGGUCGCAGUAGUGAGGGGUCUGUUGUGGAAAGUAAGGGAAAAUCACCUGAUUCAAUCUGGCGCAUUCAUUGCAAUUGUAUGUGUGUUGACAGGCUUACGUGCUGCGUCAUGUAGCACAGCCUCGCCCUGCAAAGCAGGUACUGGGCCUCAUCGAGAUCAGCGGCCGACUUAACGUUCACCAGGAAGUCCGAAUUCAUCAGAUGUGCUAGUUCUCUGCGGCUGCCAAAAGCCCUCCGUCUCUGGCGAGUGGGAGGCCCGAAAGGGCCGGGAGGAACAGAAACGAUGAGAGGAUGAGUGGACGAGAGUUUGUCCUUUCUUGCACCUGUUCGGGGGUUGUGUAGGAGAGACACUGGUACUCGAGCUUCGACUUGAGGAGCUUAUUCCCCAGGGUCGACGUGUCGGGCUUGUCCUUCCUGGCCUUGGCCUUGACACGCGUGCAAUCAUCCCGGACUCCUGGCUGGAUACGUGUCUGUAAAGCACCACAGGCAGACAGAGUGACCGCGUCUCAGUCUGUGUGGGUCGUUCGCCAACGGACAAGUGGCAUAUGGAACGUGGGGAGGAAACUUUUGAUGGCCAUCUCUUUCCACUCGUCCGACAUCCACCCGCCGCCUGCUGCCGUCUCCCCGCCUCGCCACGUGCCGAUAAUCUCGUCUGCUGAAAGGAGCUCAGCGAUAAGCGGCUUGAUGGUUUGCACCUCGCCAGUCCAUUCAAGCUCGGAUGUGCCGAAUGGAAAGAAAAUGUGGCCCUUCGAAUACUUAUCGCUGCGCCGCCUUCGGACAAGCGCCGGCAUCUUCUUAAAUUGCGCCUCAGUGAAGACUGUUAUCCUGACACCUCGUGGGUUCCAAUCGGCCGCUGCAAGGACGGCGACACACUUAGACGCCCCAUCAGGGCGAAAAAAGUCGAGGAUUUUGCUCGCCUGCCGCAUGCGCCUUCCCGGGUCGGUGCUGCUGUCGGUAUGCGCCCCGGCAAAGCAGAUGUGCACCUCGUGGCCCUUGAUGAAGAUGGGUAUUUUCGCGAACACGGCCUCUUUCGUUGCCGUGGUCGCUGCGCAGCCUAUCAGCGCGUUUCGGGAGUUGACAAUGCUCUUCCGCGCCCAUCCCGCCCAGCCACUCAGCUGGAAGUAAAUGGCCCAUCCUUCAGGCUGAGACAUCGUUGCUGUCCGCCCUCUGACAAAGACCGCCAUGACCACACCCUUAUUCACUUCAGCAUCCUCAGGAUGCUCAUCCUCCUCUUCCAGUGUGUCGACUUCGUUGAAGGUCGCGCACGGGCUGUUCAGUUCAUAGUUGGUCAUAAAGAGUCGGUGCUCGAUGCCCUCCUGCUCGAUCUCGACGUCAGUGUAAUUGCCGGGUGACACGCUGGGAUCGCCUGAACAGGACAGAGUAAGACACGCACCACUCUCUCGUCAAUGAGUGAGUGUCCUGCUCCUGCGCUUGCACCGUCAAAGACGAAGAGCUCGUAUUUCGGCUGAUCCGGCAGCUGGUCGCAGAGGAAAGGUACGAGGCCCUCCUCGCCAUUCUCUUGCAGCGUGAGCUGAGAGAUGCCGAUAAAGAGAAGGAUGCGCACACCUGAAUGACUGUUGAAAUCAUUAUGUUGGCACCUGAAUGACAUCUGCACUCCUGCCAAAGCAUUUGCUCAAGAGGACCUUGAGCGAGCCGAAGAGCUCGUCGCCGACGACGCCUCCGGUGGCCGCGUGGUGCUGCAAGACAAAGGGAAGCGACAAGAGCCUGAGAAGUUCGCGUGCAGAUCGGAGAGACUCGGCGCUGCCGCGCCCACCCAUUCGCUGCCAACAUUCCAGGUGAUCGAGCAGACGUCGAUUGCACCUUUUGCAGCGUCCUCGUGGUCACAAACGCCUUGCUUUUCCUUCCAGGGAAGCUGCCACUGGGGCUCUGAGUCACCGGCCGCAGACCGCCAUGAACUUGACGAAUUCGGGUGCAGACGUCGGGCGUGACAACCGGGUGCCACCAUGGCCAGCAGAACAAACGCAACAACCGCGAGACAAAGCAUUCCCGCAAAG